GCCAUUGGCAGCGCCAGUGAACACAUUUCACUACGCCAAGAUGGGUAAGAUUAUGAAAUCUGGUAAGGUGGUACUCGUCCUCGGAGGACGGUACGCCGGUCGCAAGGCAAUCAUCAUGAAGACGUUCGACGACGGCACGGCGGACAAGCAGUUUGGCCAGGCCUUGGUCGCCGGUAUCGAACGUUAUCCGCGUCGCGUUUCACGGACCAUGAGCAAGGAGCGUAUCCACAAGCGCUGCAAGAUCAAGCCAUUCAUCAAGAUGUUGAACUACAACCAUCUGAUGCCAACGCGGUACAGUGUGCCGGAUGUUAGCCUGGAGAGUAAAUAUUCCGUUGCUGAUAUGAAGGAUCCGGUCAAGCGAAAGAAGGCUCGCAACCAGAUCCGUAUCAAGUUCGAAGAGAGACACAAGACCGGCAAGAACAAGUGGUUCUUCCAGAAGCUCCGUUUCUAAGUAACCUAACGCUAACGCAGACACGCAAGUGAGAAGAGGGUGCAUUAACGUAAGAGAAGACGAGUUUACGUUCGAUUCGGUGUAAUUGCCGGUUUUUGGCGUCGAUGCGAGAAGAUGAUCUAUGCAAUGCGGGAUGAAUGUGAGCAGUAUCCUGUAUUCCGGACAGGAGCGGUAACCGGAGCCAGUUGAGCGUUGUGUUGUGAUACCAUCAAGUCCGCAUAUAUGUUGUGCUGCUUCUGAGAAAAGCAUCUCGACGGCAUAGAGUCUUCACGCACCAGCGCUGAAAUCGAGGGAGAACAACCAACAUCCAUCGUUUCUCCGUCGAUUGACACGAAAGGAUUCAUAAUAAAUUCGUGUUAUCUACUGGAAA